AUUAUUCAGAAAUAAAAAUUGGAUAACCGGCAGAAAAAAUUGGAUAAUGUAAGUACGAGUUGCGAUAUGUUUAAGAAAAUUAUCUAUCCUCUGCUGGCCUUGAUAUGCUCAAAAGUGUGGGACUGUUCCAUUAUCUAUCUAUCUAUCCUGCGGAAAUCUUCAUUUCCAUCCAUUGGUAAAUAAAAGUGAGCAGAGAGAAGGGCGGGUGAUGGCGGGCGGGCGGGAAGAAACGAUUUUGGUGACCGGAGGGGCGGGGUUCAUAGGAACCCACACGGUGGUUCAGCUUCUCUGUGAAGGGUUUACGGUUUGGAUGAUAGAUAAUCUGCACAACGCUGUAGAAGAAGCUGUCAGUAGGGUCAGGGACUUGGUUGGACCCCAGCUCUCCCUCAAUCUUCACUUCCGUUUGGGUGACAUCAGAAACAAGGAUGAUUUGGAAAAAAUGUUUUCUGAAACAAAGUUCGAUGCUGUUGUCCAUUUUGCGGGGCUUAAAGCUGUCGGAGAGAGUGUUGCUUAUCCCAUUCGUUAUUUUGAUAACAAUCUUAUUGGAUCGAUAAACCUAUACUCGGUUAUGCAAAAGUAUAAUUGUAAGAAGCUGGUUUUCUCAUCAUCAGCAACAGUCUAUGGUCAACCUGAGAAGAUUCCAUGCGUAGAGGAUUUCAAAUAUAUGGCUAUGAACCCUUAUGGUCGAACAAAGGUGGUCCUUGAAGAGAUAGCCCGAGAUAUUCAAAAGGCAGAUCCAGAGUGGAGAAUGAUUCUGCUGAGAUAUUUCAAUCCAGUAGGGGCUCACCCUAGUGGAAGACUUGGGGAAGAUCCUAAAGGCAUACCCAACAAUCUCAUGCCUUACAUCCAACACGUAGCGCUUGGUCGGUUGCCCGAGUUAAAUGUGUAUGGUCAUGAUUAUCCCACCCCAGAUGGCACUGCCAUACGAGAUUAUAUACAUGUUAUGGAUUUAGCGGAUGGCCAUGUUGUUUCACUUAAUCGACUUCUCAACCAAGAGGAUAUUGGUUGUGUUGCCUACAACUUGGGAACCGGCCUGGGCACAUCUGUUUUGGAAAUGGUAGCUGCCUUUGAAAGAGCAUCAGGGAAGAAAAUUGCAAUCAAACUAUGUGAAAGAAGAGCGGGAGAUGCCACAGCUGUUUACGCAUCGACUGUGAGGGCUGAAAAAGAGCUUGGUUGGAAGGCGAAGAAGGGAAUAGAUGAGAUGUGCAGGGACCAGUGGAGAUGGGCAAGCCAAAACCCUUGUGGAUACCAUUCCCAGCCGUAAAUUACAGAGUGUGCGCUGCUUGUGCUGCUUCUUUUUCUCCAAGCUGUUGUUAUCAGUAUUUUAUAUUUGUAAGUUGUAGCUCCCCCAAUGUCUGCCUUUUUUUUCUUUCGAAAUGAAAUUCUACUCUACAAACUCUCACAGGAAAUUCCAGCUCACUUCAAACCAUGAGAGAAUUUCUUAAAUAGGA